AUCCAGCGGUGUCGCCUCUCCUUCCCGGUACGUGAGCCGCCGCCUCGCCGCCGCCCCUCCUCCUCCUCCUAUCUUCCGCCAUCUCGCCGCUGCAGUCGUCCCCGUGAGCAAGCUAUCUAGGCUAGGGUUCAUCGCAAAGAAAGGAAAAAAAUCCCCAUUCCCUCCGCCGUCUCCUAUACCCCGCUGCCCGCCUACUCUUCCUCUCUGCAGCAUCGUGUUUAUCCUCGACGCAGAAGGAUAGCGUGGACUGAAGAGACGCCCUGCCGCCAUGCUCCUUUUUGUAGGGACGGGGACGGGGACGGGAAAGGGAGGCCCAAGGGAGGCAAGUUCCGUCGGAUGGUAGCGGCCGUCGCAUCGGAGGGCGCAGGGGGAGGCGCGCUGCUCGCGUCGCUCACGGAGCCCUGCGAGGCGCUCUCGUUCUACACGGAGGACGCUGGGGGCUACUUCCCCGUCGAUUCUGCCGCUCGGGCGCUUGUGCGGCUGGCCGACGCCGAGGUCGCCAGCCCCGACGAGAUGCUGCUCGCCGUGCGCGCCAUCACCUGCAGGUGGUUGGAUAUUAGUUAUGAAGGUUGUCCCUGGAUUUUUGCUCUAUCGAGGACUGCAUGAGCUUGGUCAAUAUGCAUUCUUGGAAAUUCUCUGGGAGCCAGCCAUAAAGAAGGAAUUCCUACUGUAUCCUGUGGCAUUCUUAGUCAGAAUUUGUUAUUGCCAUCAGAAGGUGUACUACUUGACCAUGCAGGAUACAAGGUGUCACGAUGAUUUGAUGAGCUUGACCACGUCAUCCCUACCAAUGCCGAUUAGCUCAGCCUUGGUGGCGGCGGGCUCCUGGACCACCUCAAGCAGGCGCCUGCUGCGGCGGUCGACAUGUGAGGGGCAAAUUAUAUUUCAAUGAUACAAAUGGCUGAUGUUAGUUUUGGUAUAUAUGUGGUCAAGAAGGUUGUCAAGUAGUGAUGGCCUCAGAUUUGUUAUGGGGCAAUUUUUUUUAAUAGAGCGCUUCUUGCGCACAAGCACUGGAACCAUCGGUCUAUGACAUACAUGAUUCUCUAUAACUUCUACCAGAAUGCUUUCUUUGUGUUAAUGCUCUUCUGGUACGUAUUCCCUCCUCUGUGUGUUUCUCAUAUGAUGUAAGCCCAGUAUAUCUAUGUUACCUUUGUUACCUGUCACCUACAAUUUGACUAUCCAAAUAUAUGAAUAUACGGAAGCAUCAUCCCGCACUCCCUUUUGGCCUUUUUGGACCUCUUGUAAUGUACACUGGUCUAAUUAAGUUCUUAAUGAAUUAAUUUAGGCACACUACAUAUUCUGUAACUCUUGUGCUGAUAGAUUAGAGUACUGCUUUCUAUUCCAUUAUCUGCACAUAAGUUCCCACAGUAGUGGUUGAUAUUCUAGAGGACUUACUCAUAAUAGUCAUAAUACCCUUCUUUAUUGUUUGAGACUAUUGAGGCAAAGCUUCAAAAUGAGGGCUACAACCUGACACUCUUCUGAAACAUAAUGGUAGAUACCUUGUAACAAAGCCUUGUCCUUUCCAAUGUACAUUUCUUCACAUAUAAUAUCAGUUCUGUUUCAUGUAGCAGUCUUCUUUGUUAGUAAUGUUCCAUGUUUCUGUUUACAUGUACGUUCAUUAAUUUUCCUGUUUGAACCCCCUUAAUUAGUAAGGUGAGCUCACAAGCUUGGGUCCUAAACCACAAGAGCUCGAGAAAGUCGUCAUACAUUCCUUCUGCAGGACACUAGCAACCUCGGAUACAAGUACCCGUGGUGGUUUCUCUGUUCUUAGGAGACAUGCUGAAGACUGUCUUCCUCGGACGGUUAGCAUUGCAAGCACUUUUUGACUCCACUUGAUGUCUACAAAAUUUCUGGCUUAUUGAAUGAUAUGGUUACUUGCAAGACAUGUCGCAGAAUCCACAUAGAACCGGGUGGCAUUUUCCUCACAUUUCAUGGUGAUUUUAAUUUGAGCAUUCAGCUUGAAUACCCUUUAAACUUUCCGUUGUUGUGCUCUUAUUGUUUUGGUGUAGCACUUCAUGUCACAACUGAAUGUUGAAUUCUUACCACUGCAAAAACUUCAACAUAUACUGAUUCAUUAGAUAAUGAGUAUGUGUGAGCUCUCUUUGUCUUUCUGGUUGAAUGUUGAAUUCUUACCACUGCAGAAACUUACAACAUAUACUGAUUCAUUAGAUAAUGAGUAUGUGUGAACUCUCUCUGUCUUUCCGGUUCUACCUUAUGCCAUCAGUGUUUUGUGUUUCAGAUGCCCUAAUCUCCCUUGUAUUUAAGCGUCACUUAUUUAGCUCUUCCAAAAUUUGUCGCCAAAGUAAGUGGAAUGGGCGCUUUCAACCUGGCACCGCCCAGAUUUCUCUCAAGAGGCGCCACCAGGUCGCGCCCCAACCCCUAGUGUGCAUGAAAGGCGGACACACUCUGGCUGAGGUUAACUAUAUCUACACACGAAGUCGGGCGAGCACACAACUGUACACGUUUGUUGGCUGGGCGCAACUACAGUCUACAGUUGUACACCUGCCGUCUGCAUACAACUUUUUUUUUGCGAGUGUCCGCGUACAACUACAAUUGCACAUUCCUCAUUGGCCACACGCAAGUACAAUUGCACAUGCAAUACAUGUUUUACAA